AUGCAGAGAUAAGAAGUAUGAUUAUUAUAGCCUGCCAAAAACCUCUGUUGUGAUAGCUUUUUAUAACGAGGCUUGGUCAACACUUCUGCGAACUGUUCAUAGUGUUCUUGAGACAUCUCCAGAUAUACUUUUGGAAGAAGUUAUCCUUGUAGAUGAUUACAGUGACAAAGAACAUUUAAAGGAAGCUUUGGAAAACUACGUGGCUGGCUUACGCAAGGUGCGUCUUAUCCGUGCAAAUAAGCGAGAGGGGCUGGUUCGCGCCCGGCUGCUGGGGGCAUCUGUGGCGAAAGGAGACAUCCUGACGUUCCUGGACUGCCACUGUGAAUGCCACGAGGGCUGGCUGGAGCCGCUGCUGGCAAGGAUUGCGGAAGAAGAAUCAGCUGUUGUCUGCCCUGUUAUUGAUGUUAUUGACUGGAAUACAUUUGAGUACUUGGGAAAUGCUGGUGAGCCACAGAUUGGCGGAUUUGACUGGAGACUGGUCUUCACUUGGCAUAAUACCCCUGAAAGAGAACAAAACCGGAGGAAGUCCAAGACUGAUGUGAUCAGGUCUCCAACCAUGGCAGGUGGAUUGUUUUCUGUGAGCAAGAAUUAUUUUGAUUAUCUUGGUUCUUAUGACACAGGAAUGGAAGUCUGGGGAGGAGAAAACCUUGAAUUCUCAUUUAGG